AUGUCUCAACGUCGUGCCAACGAAGGAACAUCUGCAAGCGAAGUGCCUCAGCAACCCACCGCCAAUCCCUGGAACAAUCAACCUGUACCGAUGUGGAUGGGACCUCUCGCCUAUUAUAAUGAGGACAUGGAGGGUCAAUUUCGAACAGGCUUAUCGUACACAUUCCAACAGAUGAACGCAAGAUCUUCUUAUGCUGACCUAUCUAUAAGUCUUACCGGUGGUCCUGGUUUCGGUAACCAACCUCCGCACCAAGAGUCGACAGCCAUGGAGGACACCUUGUUUGAGAUAAAUCAGACCGGCCUGUCGCCAAUGUGGAGAGACCCAUCGCCCGCAUACGUGGACCCAAGGGUGGGACGUUCUGUCAUGCAAGCCAGAGCGCCGCUUCCUUUCCAAUAUGUAUCCCAGCCGCCGUCCGCACCCACGCCUACUGACCCAAGACCGGCUUCAUCUACAGCGAGGCAAACGGCUCUCUACCAAUCGCUCAUGGGGCAACCAGCUCCGGGAGAGGUAGUCGGGACCGCGACCCCGGUUCCAGUCUCCCAAGGCUAUCCCGCACCGCAGUAUGCCCCAUACCCACCUUACCCCGGUCCCUUGGCCCUCCCACCAGGACAACUGCCCGGCCCCACCGGCUAUGAAAUGAUGCCGCAAGACCAGACUCCCCUCCAUCCCGGCAGCCCAACUCCGAUGCUCGUCCAGCUAGGCGCCUCGCAGAACUUCCUGGUCAACAACAGGCCUGCGCGAUGGAUCCAGGUCCUCGACGUCGACCCUUCCUACCAGCGCGCUCGAACGCCGUCUCCCAACAGGUCGCCGGCCCUGAGCGUCUACGUGCGCGCACCCGAAACCGAAGUCCACUACUGGGCCGUCUUCCUGCGCGAGCUGACGGUACAGGAGCUCAUCAAGCGCGUGGUGCAGAAGUACGGCUUCAGCACCGACGAGCGGGACCGGGUCCGGAUGGCGGUGCGGGUCACGGACGACCACGACGGCGGCGGCGGCGGCCGCGUGCAGCACCUGACCGACGAGGACGUGAGGCACAUGGAGAGCGAGGUCCCCAUCGACGUCAAGGUCACCAGUCUGGACCCCGAGAGCGAGGACUGGCAGCUCGAGUUGAGGUACUAG